GUUUAAAAUGAGGUAGUGUUACCUUUUUAACCCCAACGGCAUUGAUUCACACCACUGUAGAUUGUUUAAAUUGAAAGCAGACUAAUAAAGAUGCAUUUAGAGAAGUUAUUCUUUCACUUUUGGGUUCAUGCAAGAAUGGCCAAACUAAACUAACUCUUCAGACAGUGUCUCUGUUUUGUUGUCAAUGUUUCUGUGUAGUCCAGUCCUGGUUUUGUGUGUGUCUGUCCAGUCUGUGUUCCAGGUCACAUACACCAAUACUCCGGUCCACAUCUUCCAGUUCACCUCCCAACCAUCAUCGGCUACCUAUUCCAUCACCUACAACCUACGGCUCCCUCCUCAUUCCCUCCUGUCUGGCUUACACGGACCUCACCAUCAUCACCCUCUGCAUGUGUGGCUACCAUAAACCUGGUUCAUAUGACAUCAGCAUCUGAGUGUUGCAUUUGGGUUCACCUGUCACUUCCCAGGCAGCCGGGUUCAUAACACCUAAGCUAUAUCAAGAAACGGGGCCUAGUAUGUCAAGGUCACUUUUUUGUAUCUCACAAACACAAACAAAAUGUACGUCUAGUUAACUUCCACAUAACACUUCUAAUCCUCAGUAAUCAUAAGAAGCAUAGGCUAAUACUGUUUGCAGAAGCUCACAAAGCUAGACUGCACCCACAAACCACAAAACUUCCUCAACAUUUUGUCAGUGUUUUCUUUAUUAUGCAAACGAUCUAAUAAGAGCUACCCAUUGGGCGGUCCGAUGAUCGUUGGGACUAUCGGUUCAUUGUAUGUUGGCGGCAAUUCUGUGUGGUCCUCUCACUUUGUGGAAUAAACCCUGAAAUUGCAACGCGAAAUAAGUGCCUUUCUCACAUCCAAUCUGUGAGUUGAUUUUGGUUUUGUUAAAUCAAACCUGAGCAGAUAAAUGUUUGUUCUAAGAAUAAGGAAUACCCAUAAAAGACGUUAUGCACUUCUCUGUUUGAGCAUCUUUGCUUUUCUCAUGUACCGGUGCAUCGGUCUCCUGUCUGGGGGAAGGACAAUGAGUAGGAAGGUUGGCUUGCGUGCCAACUCAUCCCAGUUCACUCUGGAGGGCGAACCCUUCCGCAUCCUGGGGGGGUCCAUUCACUAUUUCCGGGUGCCCAGAGCCUAUUGGAGGGACCGGAUGAUGAAGAUGAGGGCGUGUGGCAUCAACACACUCACCACAUAUGUACCCUGGAGUUUACAUGAGCCGGCGAGAGGCGUUUUCCAGUUUCAAACAGAUUUGGACAUAGAAGCCUAUAUAAACCUGGCUGCAGAUCUGGGACUGUGGGUGAUUCUAUGUCCAGGCCCUUACAGUUCCUCAGAGUUAGACCUAGGAGGGCUGCCAAGUUGGCUUCUCCGGGAUGGUAACAUGAGGUUGAGGACUACUUACCCAGGAUUCAUUGACGCAGUCAACACAUUCUUUGACAAGCUCAUUCCAAAGAUGGUUCCCCUACAGUUCAAAAAGGGAGGUCCCAUCAUUGCAGUUCAAUUAGAGAGUAAAUAUGGAUCCUUCAAAGGCGAUGACAGUUACAUGCCUUUCAUCAAGGAGGCAAUUCUGUCAAGAGGGAUCAGUGAGCUCCUUCUUACAUCAGACACCCCCCAGGGCUUACAGGCAGGGGGUGUAACGGGAGCUCUUCGAGCUGUAAAUCUUCGGAAAUUAAAUCAGGGAAACAUAGAAUAUCUGAAUGCUGUUCAGCCUAACAGCCCCGUGAUGGUGAUGGAGUACUGGACCGGUUGGUUUGACGUAUGGGGAGAUCUUCAUCAUGUUCUCGCCCCUGAGGACAUGGUGUCGUCGGUGCGGGAAAUGCUGAGACGAGGCAUGUCCGUCAACCUGUACAUGUUCCAUGGAGGGACAAGCUUUGGCUUCCAGAGUGGAGCGCUGGCCAAUCCCUCCUACAAGGCCUUGAUCACAAGCUACGAUUAUGAUGCUCCCCUGUCGGAAGCAGGGGAAUACACUCCAAAGUAUCACCUCCUAAGGGAACUCUUCAGCCGCUACCACAGAGUUGAAAAGCUCCCAGACAUGCCAGCCCUGCGCUGGAAGGAGGCCUACGAGCCAGCCAUCAUGUACCACCAUCUGUCCUUGUGGGACGCAUUGAGCUUCACGGAAGAGCCUUUUAAAUCCCCAACGCCUGUAAACAUGGAGAAUCUUCCGCUCAACAAUGGGAAUGGCCAGUCCUACGGCUACGUCCUGUAUGAGACAACUAUCACAAGUGGAGGUCUACUCAAGUCUGAAGACCAUGUGCGUGACAGAGCUCUGGUGUUUGUGGACAGGCACUACAUUGGCAUCUUUAAGCACCAAAGUCUCGAGCUAGCAGUUCCUGAUGGUAAGGGGAAAAGGAUAUUAAGUCUGCUGGUAGAGAACUGUGGACGAGUGCAAAAUGGGAAAGCUCUUGAUAAUCAACGCAAAGGUCUAGUAGGAGACAUUUUCUUGAACAAUGUUCCAUUGCGGGAUUUUACAAUCUACAGUUUGGAAAUGAAAGAAAGUUUCAUUGACAGCCUCUACCUGGCGCCAUGGAAAUCUCUUCCCCACAUUCCCAGCUUCCCAGGGUUUUUCAUGGGCAGAUUGUUUACAUAUGGCUAUCCUAGCGACACCUUUGUUAAGCUUCCGGGCUGGGGAAAGGGUGUGUUAUUUGUUAAUGGACUGAACCUGGGUCGGUACUGGUCCAUCGGCCCCCAGCAAACUCUCUACCUCCCUGGGCCUUUCCUCAACAGUGGUGUCAACCAGGUCAUCAUGUUUGAAGAGCAGGAGGCAGACUAUAAGGUCCAUUUUGAGGAUGUUCCUGACCUGGGCAUGGCUGUGGACAUCCAGUGACUCAAACCACGCACUGCUACAGGUGGACCAGGCUGAAUAUGGAUUCAACCUGUGAAUGUGCGUUUUGCUGUAACAUAAAAGGGCUUGACAUUUUGCUGGGGUGACUACUGGAGCUCAUCUCAGUCCCUGGGUGAAUAUCAGUUGUGCUUAAAGAAAAUGCCACUCUGACUUAAUUAAUUGGAACAGACUCCAAAACCUAAAUGCCAUUUCUCUUUAGCUGUGGUGAUCAUGUUGGCUGGCCGACAACUGUGCUCGUUGAAUUUUUCCCUUUUCCCAGUUUUUAAUGUAUUAAUUAUGGCUGUAAUCGAACAUGGUUGGAAUACAAUUGUGAGUAAAAUCGGACUGAUUGUUAUUUUCAUCCCAGUCCCAAAGUGUCAAAUUGUCUAGACAGCUGGUGAAAAUACCUACUGUUCUGUCUGUUGCU